AUGGGCAUCAGAAAAUCAAACAAACUGGCUCAAACCGCAGUGCUCAAGCAAAUCCUGAAAAGGUGCUCAAGCUUGGGGAAGAAACAUGGAUAUGAUGAAGAUGGCCUUCCCCUAGAUGUCCCAAAAGGUCAUUUCCCAGUUUAUGUUGGAGAGAACAGAACAAGGUACAUUGUUCCCAUCUCCUUCUUGACACAUCCUCAGUUCCAGUGCCUCCUCCGCCAAGCCGAGGAGGAAUUUGGUUUCGAUCACGACAUGGGCCUCACAAUCCCUUGUGAAGAAGUCGUUUUUCGCUCCCUAACUUCAAUGCUUAGAUGA